AUGAACUGCGAGUCGUUGCCAGGUGGACGCGGUGGCGGCAUCAUCGCGAAGACUGCCUGCUACACACCGUGCCAUUUUAUCAAUAUGAGUACCAAAUCGCCUGGUAACUGUCCGCGAUUGAUCGUAGAUGCCUUGUUGAUAAGUGCUUUUUUCUAUAUUCCUCUCAGAUUACACGGAGCGCCAGUGCCUGGUGUGCCGCUUUGUUGCCGCGUUGCUGGGUGUAUAGCAGACAUGCCUUGCGCUGAUGCCGUCCCCAGCUACCAUAAAGGUCUGGUGUGCUCUGUGGGGAUAUUUCUGUUGCGUUUCGACCCUCAGUUCAUACUGGAGUCGGUGUCCCCAUUGAUGUUCUGCGAACGACGUGAAUCGUGUCGUGAUCGAGAAUAUCCUCGCUGUCGGUGGUACGAACAUUCCCGUGACGCAUCGAACUUGGAGUAA